AUGCCUCCAUCAGUGCCAGAAGAACCUUCAUAUGUCGUCGGAUUCGAUACUCCGAUGAUUUUUGCCCCUGAACAUUCAAAUAGGAACGUACAUGCUUCAUCGUCAGAUUUGUAUCGAGUAGGGGCUAGCAGCAAAAGGUUGGACGUAAGGGGACAGUCGGGCUCUUUGCGCCAACAAGAAAUACCUGAAGGCCGAAUUACACCUUCUACACGGGUUAAUGGAUAUAGAGUUAGGUGGAUGCCUUUGAGUGUGGAUAGGCAGGGCGCCUUGCGUGCAGGCCAUAAUGUGGCGGAUAUGCAUGCAGUACAAGACACUAUCCAAGGCCAGGAUGCUGCGAGGAAAGAGGAGGAAAAUGUGCACCAAGAAGAUAUGCGAGGACGUUUCGUGGAAGAGAAUCCCACAUCUAUGCGCCCACGGUUACGACUGGAUAUACAUAGCCAAUCUGACGACGCCAACGACGACGAUAUGUACAAUGAUUACAGCGAUCGAGCUCUACUUUCACGGCCAAGCCUUCUUUCUGGACAGAAUGUACCAAGUUCGCAUCAUUCCCCUUCAUCAUUUACUGCCUCCAGGUCCCCGACACAGGGAGUCUCUGCCUCUACAUCGACUAUGCUGAUCUCUUCGAUUGUCGACCAAGACACGCCGGCGACGCAGUUGGGGCCUUCCAACCGUCUAUCCAUGACUAAUCUGCAUUCGCGCCAAUCCUGCUCAUCAUUGGGUCCCUCGAGAUCAACCAUGAAAUCGUGCAGAUGCUCUCCGCCGUGUCCUGGAGAUUCUUCGGGCACAGUCAACUGUCGAGUGCUAGGCCCUGUCUAUCCAGCAUUGACAUCACCGUCCGUUUCGAUUCAUUCUUUUACAACAUCUUCUCCUGGCACUUCGACUUCUCCAAUCAAUCUUUCGAGCAGAUAUGGACCGACAGGUGGAUACGAGUUGGCGGACGCGUAUGACUCGCACGAAGGCAUCGACCGCCGAAGUACAACCUCCAGUGCUUCCCCCUACGACACCUACGGUCAUUCCUAUGGCGACGACUCGCGUCCAUAUCGCGUCCCGCAGGACCAAAGGCUUCUCCUCUUGACCACGACACCGCAAGAGCGCGUCGGCUUGCUCAACGAUGCCCAUAUGGCCGAUUCUCCUUCCAAAGUCCUUCUAGACACUUCUCCAAGAUCGCCAACAGCACCAUAUCGUUGGCCUCCUGAACCAGAAGAACAACGUAGUAGGGCGCCAGAGUUCUACGGUUUUGUCGCGUGGACGUCAACCUAUCUCCUGUUUCUGUUGUACCUGUUGUGGGCUAUCCUACCGGAUGAGUGGUUGGUAUGGUGCGGGGUGACUUGGUAUCCAAACCGUGAAUGGGCACUGUUAGUCCCGUCAUGGACUGUCGUAACGGUGCUCUUGACAUACUUCGUCUACUUUGCCCUCGCAAUUCGAGCUACGCCUGCUUUCGAUGAGAUGGGCUCUGUCACAGAUUCGCGUAUUGCGUUACCCUCGCAGGAACCUGGUACACGUAACCCAUAUUUUGCGAGCGCGGAAAAUGAUGCCAUUCCCGAAUUAUAUGAUAUUCCUAUUGGAUUGGUUAAUAGCGUUCUGUAUCAUGAUGCAUUGCAGCGGGCUGCGUCGAAACGCUCGUGGCAUGAUUAG